UACUGAAGGUAUUAAGGAAUCAUAAAGUAUUGUUUCAGUUUCAGACAAUGUCAACAGUAAUGUUUAACACCAGACUAAGGAGGUCAAAGGCUAUUAUGUAUUUUUUAGAUAUUUUUAGGUCACGAUGUUUGAGGCAAUAGUGCCAUCUACAGGUAGUGUAGGACAUCACGCCCAGGGGUCAAUGAUUGACAUUUUACAAAAUAUUUAGAUUAAAUGGUGAUAGUUUAACUUUUUGGAGACUACCCUUCAAUUCCAAUUGGUUAAUUGAUUAAUCCCAGGGGUUGAGUUUUAGACAGAAAGGAGGGAUAAAUUAGGAGACACUGGGAUACUAAGAAGAAGAUGGAGGAAAAGAAUUAAAGAAAGGAACUAAGAACAGGAGAGGAACUAAGAACUGGAAAAGAAAAGAAUUGGGGAAGAACUCUCAAGAAUUUUAGAAGAUAGGAUUCAGAUCCCACACACGCAAUCUCAUACUUAAAGCUAUUGCUAGGCACUUUGCCAGAUCAGACAACUGCAAGGAUAGAAAGGAUAACACCGUAGGCCAACAGAAUCCUAUACUUGUUCCCCCAUAUACACCCUGAGGGCUCGCUACAAUGUGCCUUGAAGCUGAUUGGCUCUCAGACUGACCAAAUUCACAAUAUAAACUCUGUCUGUCUGGACUGAGCACAAAGAUCCAAAUAAAAAGAAAAGGUAGUAAACAAAUCCACUGAGAGCGUUGAGCUGUGAUUCCUGCAGGAUGAAUAUUGUGACGUCAUGUCUAAUUGUGACAUCGCUCGUACAAUGCAGCUUUGGAGCUUCUUUGGAGAUUUAUUUUGAAAAUAUGAAUAAAAACGCUGUUAAUACAGAAGAAGCCAAGCCAGAACCUAAAGAUGUUUUCAGUUUCAUCGCAGAGUCCAACAAAGAUGUGAAGAUGUUACUGCGUGAAGGUGACAUAGUUAUAGGUGUUGGUCGAAAUGCCAAAAUUUGCGAGGGGAACACCUGCAGGUGGAAGGCGAAUAGUGAUGGAAUAGUCAAUGUGCCAUACACCAUCUCUACCAACUUCAGUGCCGCAGAAGUGUCGGUUAUUGUUGAUGCCAUGCAGGAUUUCGCUUUGCUCACCUGUGUACGCUUUGUGCCGCGCACUGUGGAACCUGACUAUGUGAAGAUUAUAAAUGGUCCUGGCUGCUGGUCCUCUGUGGGGAAGACCGUUGGAGCCCAAGAACUUUCACUGGACAGCAACGGUUGUGUUACAAAAGGGACAGCCCAGCAUGAAUUGAACCACGCUCUCGGGUUCUACCAUGAGCAGAGUAGGAUUGACCGAGAUAAUUAUGUCAAAAUAAUAACAGAAAACAUCCUACCAGGGGCUAUCGGAAACUUUGAUAAACGCAACACAGAUAACCUUGGCCAGGAAUAUGACUACGCCUCUAUUAUGCACUAUGGAAGGAAUGCUUUUGCUAAGCAAAGCAACCUAAAUACAAUUGUGCCGAAACCUGACCCGACAGUGGCCAUUGGGCAGAGAUACGGACUCAGCAACUUGGAUAUUUCUAAAAUUAACAAGCUUUAUGAGUGUGGUGCUUGCAGUAACGUCCUGUCUGAUACUACUGGAUCAUUAAAGUCAUCGAACUACCCUGGCAUUUACCCCAAUAAUGGAACAUGUUUAUGGCUUAUACGGGUCCCAGAUGGUCAGGUUUUCAUGCAGUUCAUGGCAUUUGAUUUGCAGAGCUCCACAGGCUGUGCCUCUGAUUACCUGAAAGUCUAUGAUGGAGGCACUCCAUCAGCUCCGGUGUUAUUGGCCAAAGCAUGUGGCACAAGUCAAUUGCCUUCCAUAGUGUCAACUGGUAAUCUAAUGCUGCUGGAAUUUGUCAGUGAUGGGAGCAUUGCGGCCACUGGAUUCAAAGCUUCCUAUAGUACAGUGCAAUGCGGAUCAGCAUUCUACAGCCCCUCAGGAGAAUUCUCCACUCCAAACUACCCCUCUGAUUAUCCCCCAAACACCAACUGUUCCUGGAUAAUCUGGGCACCAGCUGGAUAUCAGGUGUCAUUAAACAUGGCAGACUUUUACCUGGAAUAUCAUCGGAGCUGUUCAUAUGACUCCUUGCAAGUGUUUGAUGGCCCAAAGUCUACGUCGCCUCUCAUUGGAAGGUACUGCACCAGCAUCCCCAAUAUUGUCUCCACUGGCAACUCCCUGCUCCUUCAGUUCCGCAGCGACCGUCAAGUGCAGAACCGAGGUUUCAAGGCAAACUAUUCUUUCGUGCCAAAGAAGAACUAAAAGGUCAACGGAGAAGAGUCGUGGAUCCCUCAAAAAUAUUUAAUUACAUUUAUUCAGUUGGUUUGUGUAUUGAUUUAUAUGUAAAAACCUGAUCCUGUAUUUAGAGAUUCUACUCCCAGCUUUAAUUAUGUGUAAUAAUAAUAAAACCACUUUUUUUGGUUGGAUUAAUUUGCUGUAUUUAUAUGAAUAAGGAAGGGGACUUGAUCCUUGAACAUCCCCCAUUAGGGCUCAA